CGCGUGUGUUUUGUUAUUGUUGUUGUCGUCGUCGUCGUCGCCGCCGCCGCCGCCGCCGGAGUGUUUUCGUUUUGAUUGUUAUUCCGUCCGGCUCGCAUCUAUACCUAUUUCGCCUGUUCGCGUUCGGUCGUCCCGAUUGAAUCCCCCCCUUCAGCAUUUAUCCCCGCGGUCCGCACGGGAAAAACGAAAAUUCGUUUGCGAUUCAAUCGUCACGAUUUUCGUGCUGACCGACCGGCCGGCCGGCUUAUUGUAAUAAACCUUGUCCGUCUCCGACGCCGCAGCACUCUCACCCGGUUGGCCCGGGCCGCGUAUCACUUUCGCCCGAACGGUAACCACGUCCGCCGCCGUAGCCGAGCAGCAGCAGUCGCGCACGAGACAUUGUCGAAUCGCUAUCGUGAUGGUGAAUUAUUAAUAACAAGGAAUUUAACACAAUACUACAUUGAAAAACGAAUGAAAAAAUAAAAUGGUCAACCGAUCGUGUCCGUCGUGGCCGUCGUGCAGUGUACGGUACGUGGCCGUCGCGAGACCGACGAAGAAAACGGUGAUGCACGCGUGAGACCUUGACCUUGAGACGACGCCGGUUCAGUUCAGUAGAUCAGUGACGAUACGCUCGGCUGUAGUUGGUCCGCCACAACGGCGUAAACACAAUAAUAAUAACAAUAAUAUUAUUAUCAUCCCCGGGCACACCACCACGUACGUAUAUUAUUGUUACGGUCGAGAGUAGGAGGGAAACCGCGUACAUUAUCGUGUUCAGUGAGUACACGUAGCGUGUGCGAUACGUAGAAUUGAUCGCGAUUGUCGCCUGUCGUCGUGUCCGCGUAUUAAUAAAAACCAGGCCAACCGGGGUACCCCGUCGCAGUGUGACGUGUUCGCGCCGGGCUUAAAAAACGACAACGGGUCGUAUGUCUCUCGAAACAUCUUCCCGUUCUUUCGCGCCCCGCGAACACUCCGUGUGAAAAUCGGCACACCGACAGCGACAUUGUCGCCGGUUGCGCGGACAUCCCUCGAAACGCCUUUUUCCCAUUAGGCCGGUUAGCUGACGAUAACAAUAAUGAUAUCGUUGUGCACGCGCGCACGACAUCGUAAAAUCCCUCGGACGCGAGUUGCCGGCGAACCGAAAGUCGCUCCCGCGGACACGACCCGAUAAAAAUAAUAAUAACAUCGCAUCGUACGGCGGCGCGCGCGGUGAAGUCCUACGAUAAUGGUUUCGGUGUUGGCAAUGCGCCUCGCAUAUUAUCUAUACGCGUACGCGACGCGUCAUUACCGACGUGUAUAGGUACGAUUAUUAUUAUUGUUGUUGUUGUUGUUAUUAUUAUUAUUAUUAUUAUUACUGUUAUCGCCGCUCGCCGUCGACAAGUGUACCGAUGUGUAUUACAAUGCGCCGGGCCGCACUACUGUUCUGUUAUUUAUUCACCUGAAUUCAUCGUGAUUAUUAUGAUUAUUUUUCGUACCAGCCGUUUAACGAACGCACCGCGACAACCCGAACCGAUACCCGAUAUUUGUACUGUUGGAGAGAAGUGAAAAAAGCCGAUUUACAACAAAUACGGAACACAGCGUUUUGUGCCGUUCAGUCCGUGGUCGCCACCGUUAUUCCCUGGUUUCACCGAGAGUCGGGCGAGUAACUCGGCUUCGGGACAAUUCUCGAGUCGAGUAAACCGCAGCACUGCACUGACUUCGCUCUAGUAAUACUCCACUGUGUUUUUUUUUUUCAAAACCAAUAAAAACCAAAACGAAUAAAAUGCAUGAAUGUAAUGCAUAAACUAGAUAUCACUUUCAAACUCAAAUAUUUCCGAUAAAAAUACUGUGUGGGAGUUUAUCCAAACAAUUUGUUAUUGUUUCGUUUUAAUUGUUAUAGCAUUAUGACAUUAGCGACGUUUAUAUAUUUAUUGUUUUUUCCAAUUUCUAUUACUCACUAUUACCGACUAGGAAAAAUUAAUACUCGAAUCGUUCUCUAAAUAUCAAUACUCGACUAUUUCUACCCACGACCGUAUGUAUUAAUUUCUACUGACCUUUCCAGAAUGGAUUGCUAGUUUAGAUAGGUUAUAAUAAUAAUGUGACGUGUUCAAAUAUUUUUGUUAAUUUCAUCCAUUUUUAAUUAAACGCCAUUUUUUUUUUUUUAAUACCAAAAAUGUCCGUUUAUUUUAAACGAGAGAAAAUUAUAUACGACAUUGGUGUAUGUUAUAAUAUUUUGUAUAGAAUCAAAAAAAAAAAAAAAAAACAUUUUGUUAUAUAGGGGCACCAUAUUAUUUAUGUGAACUUAAUUGAUAUUUGUUGUGAAACUGUUGAAAAAAAAAAAUAGACUGCCUAUUUAUAAGACUGCUUCUUGCCAAUUUUACUUUUGGGUAAUUUCAUAAAAAUUUAGAAAUAAUUUUUAUGAAAAUGCCUAGAUUUUUUUACAGGUUUCCAGAAACGGUGGCAUUGUGCAACCAUGUUAUUUCAGUAACGUCAAUACAAAAAUGUAAUAUUUACGUUUCAGACAUUCAAUAUUUUGAAAAGUUUCGGAACAAUUUAAUACAAUUUUAUCGUUUGCACAUAAUUAUUUAUGAAUGUACCUAAUACCUAUGGGCAACGACGUGAUAACUGUAUUGGAUAUUCACGCAAUCGUGACGACAAACUUUCACACUCACAUCGUGUGGUGUCACGGCAUAGCAAAUCUGCGUUCAGCAGUGUCGAUUUUGCGCUACCAUAGGGACUCGAAAUUUGCACAGAAAACUUAUAUUUGCCUUUUCUAGACGUGGUAAAAAUUUCAAAAUUCAAUACAUUUAAGCCAUUUUUAAGCAAUUCAUAGACAUUUUAAUUUUGCGAAUCUUUUACGUAAUUUUUAUUCGGUAGGUAUUCUUUUGCAAUUUUGCUCCAAUUUGGAAUGAUAGCACUUUUUCUGAAAGUAAAUCUGACUUUGGCUGUACUUUAAGGAAGUUAUUUUUUGGAUUCUUCCCAAGAAUAUUCGCAAUAAAUGGAAAAACAUAGGAAAACCGGAAAAAGUUGUAGUAAAAAUUGUGUAGUUACAGGCAUCUAUUAUCUAUACUAUAAAAUAUAAAUAAACUAUAAAAUAUUAAGUAUGCUUUUGGUUAUAGUUUUCUGAAAAAUAUGACUUAGCCCACUCCCAACCAAGUCUCUGGAGCCGAUCCUUCAAGUAAGGUUCGCAAUAACCGACGAAUAAUUAUGAUAAUUUUUGAAGUUAACUGGGAAUUUUCAGACUGUAGAUAUCUAAUAAAAUAGAAUAUUACAUUAUGGAAAUUUAGAAAUGUAACCAUUUUGCACCUUGGGUAAAAAUUAAAAAACUUGUCAUUUCUAUUACUGAUAUUCAAGACUUUUAUAUCACAGUCAUUAUACAAAAAGUGUCUACCUAAUUUUAAUUUUAUUUAUAAUGAAAAUUAAAAAAGACGUCCUAGGAUAAUGGGGUAGGGUGCAACCACUGUCAUAAGUAAUUUAAUGUAUUUCUGUAAGCAAUGAUAAAUAAACCAUUGCUAACAAAAACGAUUCUGAGCGAAAUUCAGUUGAUAGUGAUGCAUUGUCAAUAAUAUAUAUAUAUAUCAUAUUAUGGUAAAAUAAUUAAAUAGGUAAUAAUAAUAAUAUGAUAAUAUGAUGUUGUACCGAUUUUCCCGAUUUUCCUCCGGUUUUUCACAUUUGCUGAGAAAAUCGAAAAAUUACCUUUUUAAAGUAUCUCUCCAGUUAGAUUUCUUUUUAGAAAAAGUGCUAUCAUUGUAAAUCGGAGAAAAUUGCUGGUGGAAAAGUUAUCAACAGAAAAAUCGUAAUAUUUUACUAAUGUAGUACAUUUUCCCGUUUUUUGUCCGUUUUUCACGAUUUUCCCCAUUUAUUGGGAAAAAUUCUGGGAAAAUCAUAGAAUUACCUCUUUAAGUUAUCAUGGAGAUAAAAUUUCUUUUCAGAAAAUAAGCUAUACUUGAUUGAUACAUCGGAGCAAGAUUUUUGGUAUAAAAGUUUGUGCAUCAAAUCGAGGGGUACAUUGCGAUUAAAACAGUCCGAGCAAUCAAUGGCUUUGAUUUCUAGAUACACUCAAAAUGCAUUUGUUUUUUCCUUGUUUAGGUAAAAGAGAAAAAAAAAAUUGUUUGGAUUUUUUUUUCUAAACACGCGUUCCCUAAGAUGAAAAUAGGUAUGUAUUCAUUCAACUGCGACGUACUUUAGAUAAAGCAAUAUUUAAUUAUUUAGCAUUACAUAUAAUAUUAAUAUCCGCAUAAUAUCAGAACUUCAAAAAUCUAUAAUUUCGAAACUUAGUCAGUCCGCUCAAUUCUAACUUCACCAUUGUUCUUAAGUCAGCAAUAUACAAAUGUUCAUAUAUAAAAAAAAAAAAAAAAAAAUUGAAAAAUUAGAUUUGUUCCACAUAAUUUUUUACUCAACGAUUUUCGACAAAGUUUGAUAUUAAACUUCCUUUCUAAAAAUAAACACUACACUAAACUCAAAUUUUAUUUUUUUGACCAAAAAAGUAAGACUCUUAAUGAACCCCCGUUAAAUUUUCAAGCAUUUCUGUUAAGUCUAACAAUUUUGCCACAGAGUAAUUACUGAAUACAAAUUACGUACAAAACUCGCAAAAUAAUGUCUAUAAAUAACUCAAAAAUGACUUAAAUUUUUUGAAAAUUUUACCACGUCUAGAAAAGGAAAAUAUAAAUGUUUUGUCUAAAUUUCAAGUCCAUAAAGUCGAUACGAAUAUUUUUAACCAAAUUUCAACAAAAAUAUUAAAAUUUUUAUAAAAAGCUUAAAAGUGGCAAAAAUAUUUCAAAAAUUUGAUCAUAUCUAGAAAAGGCAAAUAUAAGUUUUCUAUCCAAAUUUCAAGUUUUUACGAAUAUUUUAAACUGAAUUACAACAAAUAAAAAAACGAAAAUUUUCCGUUUUUCUUAAGUUGUAUUCUGGUUUUUCCCAGAUAUUAUGAAAAUCGCUUGGAAAAUCAAAAAAAUGACCUCCCAAAAAUACUAUCUGGACCACAUUUCCUUUCAGAAAUAAUGCUGAGCAAGAUUUCCGGUAGAAUUUUUGUACAUAGUAUAAAAAAAAAAAAUAGAUUAUAAUAUAUAAUAUUGUUACGAAUAGUGUCAAUUUAUUGUUAUACUAUGCCAACUCAGUAGUUCAUUGCCACUCCCUAUAAAACGUCCCUCCCUUAUAUUGGGGACAAUAAGUACAAUUUAGUAAACUAUUAUCACUAUUUAAUCGAUCGGCGAAUCGCUUAAAAGUCUAAAAAAUUAGUUAAAAGAAAAUUAUUUUGGCCGCAUUGUAUUUUAUCCGAAAAUAUUACAGAUUUUCAGGAGACCGUAAAAAAUCCUAACAAUUUCUAAUGAGUAAUAAUGGCUGCCUGCUGGUUAACAUUAUAGAUAAUAAUAUAAUAACAUUGUAGUGGUACAAUAAUUCAAGAUUUGCACAUUCUUUCAAAUUGUUAUAAUCCAACAUAAUAUUUGUUUGAUUAAAAAUUAAAAUAUAAUCUUACAAUAAAAGAUGAUAAGAAAUUUACAAGUUGAUGCUCAGUUAUUUCGUCUAAAAUACGAUAGGUUGAAAUAUCUUCGGCUGUUUUAUAGUCCCCUCCAGGUCCUUAUUGUAUUAUUAAACGUAAUGAGAUGACUGGAAACUAAAGGCUGCCAAUGUUGGUUAUAUGUGUAAAGAAAAAAAAUGUCAUGCUUCGAAGGCACACAAAAUUGACAUAAUAAUAAAAAACAUCUCAGAAUUGAUAUAUUUUUAGAAUGACCUUCGUAUAGGAAUAAAUUAUUACGGCCAAAUUAUUUAAAAGUGCUGUAUAACGAGUUUAUUAUGACAAUCAAUCAGUUCAACACAAAUAUUAGAAAUCUAUGUUCAUUAUUUAAGUGAGAAAAUUGAAUUCUCAAAAUAUACUUUCGUAAUUGAUAUUAUUUUUCAAAUUAAAGUAUGUAAACUUAAAAACAAAUAUUUAUUUAUGUAUAAGUACUUACUCAUUAACAAACCACACAUGUAUAUAUAAAUAAUUUAAACGGAAAAUACAAAUUAUAAUCAUUCGCGAAUACCUAUAUAUUUUAAUAUUAUUAUUAUUUAUUACAUAUAAUUAUAUACGAAAUAAAAUUCUAUAAGUAAGUACUUUGAACUAUUAGAUUAAAAUCAAAAUUUUUAUUAUAGUCUAUCUAUAAUAUUAAAUUGGUAGAAUAAAAUAUAUAAAAACAGAUAAAUUCGAGUCAAUUUCUAAAAAUAUACUCACUCAAUUUUAAUAAACUAAAAAAUACUAAACUAAACUAAAUUUGUAUUGGUUGUACAAAUAAUUGAGAUAUAACCAGUGAUUAAAUCUUAAAGAAUAUAAUUCAAAAUAUGUAAAUUGGGUACAAAAUUGGGACCCGAGAAAAAAGUAAACUGUCUCUUAACACAAUAAAUUAAUCUCAUUUAUUAAUAUCUUAAUUGAUUGUAAUGGUUUAUUAUAUUUGAUAUUGACAUUUUAUAAUAUAAUCAAAACAGAUCUGAUUUAAAACCUUCACAUACAUUUUUUCUUUAAUUAAAUUGAUGCAUUGAUGUAUUUAUUCAAAUAAAUAAUUAUUUUAUAGACACAAUUCUCAUACAUAUUGGUAAUAAAAAAUUGAUUUUUAUUUACAGGUGUAUAUAAUUAAUUCAGUUUUAUUGGAAUUUUUUUUUAAAGAAAAAAAACUAUUCUAUUUUUUGUAGGAUUAAGUUGUAUAAUUAUUUAUAAUUUACUCAAAAAUGUAUAUUUAUUAAUUAUUUACACAAGUAUGUGAAAUUUGACCUAUUGAAAUUAUUGACAAACAAUUAUACAUCCUUUGAUUGCAACACAGGACCGUCGUUAAGUUUCGCGAGGUCCUAAUAAUUAGGAUUAGCCCAAUACCACUCUUUACCGAUAUUUGAUAUUCAUAGACUUAUACUUCUAAGUGAAACAUUCACCCGGAGGACUGGGAGACAUGGUCGGUUCGAACGGAUUAAGAGAGAUAGCAUGAUAAUAUAAAACCUAGUGUGAGAGAAAGAGCGAUUUGCACUCCAAAGAUAGCUAAUUAAAAUACUACAUUUAUUAUCUCAUGGGUUUCUGUCCUCGAAAUGAAACUCUACCCACUGAAACGCAUUUUUAUGCUAAAUGUUCCGUAUAGAUGUAGAAAUGUAAUGCUUUCGCCCUAUACCGAUAGCUUAUGCCGAUAUUAGAGAUAAAAAUAUGUACUUUUUCAUACUGUACACUUUAUAUCAAACCAUACUAUACAUCAUAGGUAUCAUCACUUCUUCCCCUCGCAAUGGAAUCAUUUCAGUUGUUGAUGGGGAAGAGAGGGAUUUUUGAUCAGCACAUCAACGAAAAAAUAACCGCUCGAAAAUUAAUCUAAAUUUACAUUUUCUUCAAUGUAUUUUCAUAAAAGGACAAAUAGCUUAUUACUUUUUUUUAAAGACGAUCAUAAAUUAUUAUUGUACAUAAAGACGUUAGUUUAAAUUUUUUCAGAGCGACAAAAUUACUAUAUUUGUUUUAUGAACUGUAGUUCAUGUAAUUUCGUGGUACCUUAAAUUUUAACAAUCCUUCUUUCCACGAAAUGAAGAAAUUCAAUAAACUAUAGGAUACAUAAUAUUUGUAUAGUAUGUAUUAUUCUAUAGGCCGUGUUGUCGCAUACAGUAUGACGCAUAAUCAUGUAUUUCAGUAUUUAUGAAAUAUAUGUAUAUGUAUAUAAUUGUAUACAUAUUAUUUAUUACUUAUGUGGGCCACAUUAACCAAAUUAUCAGCGGGGACUUUCGUGGUCUGCCUCAGUACAUCAGUGUUCUAGUCCGAUCCUAUACAGCUCCACUAAUCAAUGGCAGCUCGAAGUAUUUUUACCUUAAAAUCACCGAUUUAAUUUUCCACCCAUCCUCUCCUACCAAAACUUCCCCAAAAUCUACCAACCACAGGGAUACAAACCACGUUUCUUUGGGAGUCUUUCAAAUAAUUUAAUCAAAUUUCCGCAGUCUACCAAUCUUUUAAUAACUUUUGUUUUGUAAAAACAUACGUAAUCAUUUUUGUUAUAUAUUUUUGAACAUCCAGGCACUCACCAAUAGGGAUUGACACUUUCCUUGGAAAGUUCCUGGGAAUGUUCCUCAAAUGGGGAAACUAUAUUUUAUGAACAUUACUUAACUUUCGAACAACACAUAAUGACACAACUAUACGUCCAUUUUGUGUACUGUGCAGUUGUGUGUACAUUUAAAUAAAUACAAAUUAAUUAGGCAGAAGGAUAAAAUGUAGGUAAAAAAAAGUUAGUGGCCCGGUUUUUCAAGCACGUUUAUCUGUCAGAUAACGCGAGCCACGACCAAUUCGACAGAUAAAAAAAAAUGAUAAUUGUCCAAUCAUAUUAUGGAUAAGAUGUUUAUAUGGUCUUUUAAAAUAAAAUAAUACAAUUUGAUAGUCACAUAAUAAUUAUAUUUUGGGGAAGACUUGAAAGUGGGAAAAGUGAUUUCGAAGAACUUUCCCGGAAAUAUUCCUCGUAGGAUAUCGCUACUCACGCACCCACCCAAUACAAUUGAACGUUUCCAUGUAAAAUAAUAGCUUACGCAGUACCUACAUAAUUAUUUUAUAAAACAAUGCGUUUGUAAGAUAAUAAAUAAAAUAAUAUUGUUCCAACCAGUGGUUGUAAAUUACUUAUUUCAAUCUAUAGUACGCUUAUCACUAUCAAUAGAUUUUUGAAAAGCAGUUCCUUAAAAAAGUAUCGAACGAUACAAAAUUUGCUUUUUUAAAAAGUAUAAUGUACUAUUUUUUCGAUUUAUAAAAGGGGACUUUUUUAUUUUUAUCUAUCUUAUAUAUACCUUAAAUAUUAAUUAUUACAAUCUAGGCUGAUAUUUUUAUCAUAAGCGAGCAAUUAUCUUGGAGGAUUUUAAGUUAAUUUGAUUUGUUUUUUCUUAUCAUUAUGGAAUCGUUAAGCUUUAUUUUAAAACCAUUUUUAAUAUUUUACCCCUACUCCAUAUACCUUAAAUAGAUGCAUACUUUUGAUUUUUAAAUAGGACUCACCCCCCUUUUGAACAUAGAUUUGAAUAGAGAAGUUUUCUAGAAAUUUUGAUAUUAUGCAUAACACUAAUAUCAGAUUUACUGUUUAUGAAUUAUAACAGUUUAAAGUUUAGACCGGAGGAGUAAUGCAGGGUGAUAAAUUGCCUAUGUCUCUAUGAAAAUAGAUAUAUAUGAUAUUAUCAUAAAAAUGCUAUCAACAUUUCUAGCAAAAUGGUGUUUAUUCAUAAGGGAGGGUUCCUAUUGCAAAAUCAAAAGUAUGUUCUCAUUUAAGGUAUAUGGAGUAGGGGAAAAAAAAAUUAAAAAUGGUUUUAAAAUAAAGCUUAAACAAUUCGAUAAUGAUUAGAAAAAACAGAAAUCAAAUUCACUUAAAAUUCUUUAAGAUAAUUGCUGGUUCAUAAUAAAAAAAAAAUCAUCCUGUAUAAUCCGUGUGUUCCUAAAAAAUCUGCUAAUCUAGCUGAUUGCUCAGCAUAUUGAUAGAGUUUAAUAACACAGUUAUUCAGUUAGAACAUAUUGGUUAAUACCAUUUAAGGUUACCAAUAAGCCAUAAUCACCAAUAUUUUAUUCUUAUCAUUUUUCAUUAUUUUCAUUAAGAUCUAUAAGUAUAAAACAUUUGAUUAAAAAUAACAAUAAAAUAUAAUAUAGGUAUAGGUAUACAUACUAGGGUUAAAUGAUAUACAAAUCGAGUCAGCAUCUAAAUCUAAAUUUUUUAUAAAAGUAUUUCCAUUCUUUUAUACACGUCGAGUGUUGGAAUUUGGAAACACAUUAGUACAUUAGACAACAAAUUUUAACAGAAUAUAUUUUUUUAAUUUUUAUCAAAUAUAGGUUAAUAAAUUAGUUUUAAUUUUUGGUGAGUAAAGUGUUUAUCACAUCCAUCUAGUUAAACACUAUUCAAUCCAUAAAAUAUCAGAUUGUUGAUAAAACAACCCGAUUGAUCACUUCCCCUCCAACAGACUGGUCAGCAGCUGAGUUUAGAAACAGUUAAAUCUAGCGGCUGAUCAAUGUGCUGAAUUUAGGAACACACGGAAUAUAACAAAAACGUAUUUACGUUUGUUCUUUCUGACAAGUGAAAUAUGUUCCAUAUUUUAUUUUGCUAUACAGAGUACAUAUCUUACAGUGUUAACCAUAUGCUAAUAACUGUCGAUAUUCAUUUUUUUUUCAAUCGGGUUUUGUACGAGGGGGACAUACAUCAUGUAGAAAGAAAUUAAAUUUGUAUUUUAUUUCUUUUCAAAAUAGUCAUUUUGUAAAUACCUAUAUUAUUCUAGAAAUUUGAAUGUUAUCAUACAUUUAUAUCAUCUGAUCAAUAGUUUAUUUAUUAGUAAUAGCUGCUUUAAUGUAUAGAAAAUAGACGUGAAAACAAUUAAUAUUCAAUACAAUAGCAUGUCACGCGAUAAGGAAUCAGACUCAGCAAGGUAAUUCCUUAUCUUAUAUUGAAUAUUAAUUGUUUUCGCGCCAAUUUUCUAGAAAUUAAAACGACUAUUACUAAAAAACUUUUGAUCGGAUAUGAAUGUAUGCUAUAUUAAAAUUUGAACAAUAUAUUUUUAAAAAUUGGAUAUUUUGAAAAUUUUAAAGUUAAAAAAUAAAACGUAUUUUUUUUUUAGUCAUUAAGGGAUGAAAUAAAAAUUUAAUUUUUCUUUAGAUUUGUGUUACUCUGACACAAAACCCGAUUGAAAAAAAAAAUAUUUACAGAAUUAUUAUAAUAAGGAUAACACUGUAUGAAAUAAAAAUAAGUAAUAACAAAUUAUAGAAUAUCAUUGUUAUGAAAUUCGCAAUUUCAUAGUGAUAAAAAGUACCGAUUUGUACGCCUUUCCUUACGAAUAAAUUAGUUUUAUUGCGCUAUACGCUACUUACCAAAAUAAAUCCAUACGCUUCCUGUGUAGCUACAAAAAGGUAACACACUAUUUCAAACCAUUGAAUAUUACUCAAAUAUUGUGUCGUUUAUAUUUUAGAAUUGAACAGACAUUGUAAACAAUAAAUAAGUUAUACAUAACAACUGAAUUCAACACUGCGUGAAUACGGAUAUUCCACGAAGUAAAAAACAAUUUGAUUAAAUCUUUGAGUAUCUUAAGUAUCGCACAGUAUUUAUUAAUCAUAAGAUACCGCGAACUGAGUGUAUUUUUGUAUAGCAUUUAAUUAUAUAACACAAAAAUUGUUUCUACCUGUGUCCGUUAUUGACUUUGAAACUAUCCAACCGAUGUGCCCCAAACCGGUUUUAUUAGAAAGGCAAUAAUGUGAAGAUGGUUUUAGACCACUAAAACAAUACAUUAGGCACAUUUAGUACAUUCAUAAAAAAGGUUUUCGACUUUUCCCGAAUGUUAAUAUUUAUUUGUUUUAGAUAUAGAUUGUUCACGACUUAAUCAAAGGGUGGCACUACUCUCAAAUAAAUUAAAAACAUAAUUUGUGCAUCACAUUUAUUCUAUUUUGACCGCAUUGGUGUACAAUUGGCGCAUAAUACAGACUGUCCACACAAAAACACUGAUCUGUCAUUCUAAUCAGAAAGUUUUAUCAUUUUAGAUUAUCACGUCGAUCAUGUUAAAUAAUCGAAUUAGAAAAUAUUAAAAACCUCAUAAAUAGUAAAAAAAAUAUGUUUUCGUGAAAUUUGAGUUUUGUUUCGUUUGUUUGUUUGUAACGGUUAAGCUCGAAAACUACUUAACCAAUUUAAAAACUUCUUUCACCAAUAAAAAGCUACGUUAUCAGAGUAACAUCGGCUGUAUUUUAUUUUCAGAAACAUAGGAGAUUCUUGCGAAAAUUUCAAUUAUUAGGUAUUUAGAUAUUUCUGGUACAAAUAUAUAAUUGUUUAUUUAUUUUUGUUUAUUCGUAGGUUACCUCGGUAAUAUGGAUGACAAUUUGGUUAUCACAGACAAAGAACUAUUAUUAUUAUUACUAUUAUUUUCACUAUUAUUAUCUAGCAAUAGCAAACCAUUAGCUAGUAUAUUUUAAAAUUAAUGACAUAACAAACUCUAUAUAGAAUAAAAAUACCCAAACAUUUCUGUUGACAUAAACAUGGCUACUAAAGAAGGGGGGGGGGGUUGAUUUAACACCAUAAACUAUCAGUUUAUCAAUUGGAUUUGUUUUAAUAAUUGGUCAAAUUGAAUAAAAAAAAUUAAUUUUUAUCAUUCAUAUUUUAUGAUUUUACAUGUAAAUAGUUUAAUGAAAACAAGCAAACUUCUUCUUCUUUACAUCAUAAGUGUAUAAAACGCGAAACUUUGGCCACACUUGCCCGGCUCUAUUGCAACAUUAUACUUUUACUAUAUUUUAAGAAAUAUAAGUUUUAUAUUAUUGUACCCAAGUGGUAUAAAUUGUUAUGUUCAUUUAAAAAAAAAAAAAAAAAAAGUUUUAUAUAAAUAUAUUCAAUCAAAUCAAUUAAUUGGUUUUCCUGUUUUUUUUUUUUUAAAUUAUUUAACUUGAUUUUAUUUUUAAAUAUCUCAAAUUAUAUUUAAUUAUCAAUUUAAUAAAUUAUUAUAAACUUCAACUAAUAAUUAAUAAACAGGUUAUAUAUUAUAAUUGAAACAAUAAGAUUAUUUCAUAAUCGAAGAUAAGAAUUACAAUUAAAAUCAAUCAUUAACAAAAAUAUAUAUAUACGGUUGACCCAAGUUUGAAUUUUUAUACCUAACCAUAAUGAAAAUACUUGUUCAGAGCUCCAUUACUAGGGUACAUUUUUCCCCAGCAGACUUGUUACCGUAACAAUAUCUUUUUUUUUAUAAUUUAUCUAAAACAGUUAUAGUUGGCAGAAUUGUAUUACAUUUUAGUCUGUAGGGGUAUUUAAAAUGUGGUAUUCUUGUUAAAUUUGGGCCUGGGAAAAAGUUGAAAUUUUAUAUGCUAAAGAAAUCUUCCUCCCACCACAUUGUGAAAAUUCAUAUGAAAUUCAACCAAAAUGUCCAUAAUAAAAAAUUCUUAUUUCAGAAUUAGAAUUAAUUUGGUUUAAAGAUACCACUAAAAAUAUCUUUAAGUAUGAAGAGAAAUAUACCUAGUCUCUAUUUCAGGGGGAAAUAUUUGACAACUCUAUAAAAAUACAUUUCUAAAAAAUGAGAAGAUACAAAAAGUAAUUGAUAAAAAUGGCAAUGAUUACAUGAAGUACAAGGGUAUGCAAUAAAACAAAUUUGAAUAGAAUUAUUACUUUUGAAUGUAUCCAGUCUGGAAAUUGUAAAUAAUAACAUUAUUUAUAUUUUUUGAACUUUGAAUAAUUAAUUUUUAGAAAAUUUAGGAGAUUUGAAGUUUAAAAGUAAAAUUUCAGAAUUUCAUAUAUAUUCUCUGGCUUUAGAAAAGUUUCAAGUCGUGGGAAUUUUUUUUUAGGUACAUCUUGUUGUAUAAAUUAAUAAUAUAACACAUUAACACUUAUAUUUAUUACUACAACAGACUAGUAAUUCUUUUGAAGUAAAUAUUACCUAAACACAUUUAUUAAGAUAAAAUGUAAAAAUAAUUAAUAUUUAAUUUUGAGUUUAAAAUUAUUAAUUCUUGUAAAACAUAUAGUACAUAAUUUAUUUACGAAUAACUAAUUUGUAGGUUUACAAUUUUUUUCUAAAUGUUUAAUUAUUAAGUGCAAUAUUUCAUUUUAAUAAUAACGUUAUAGCAACAAUUAUUCAUUAAUGCCAUUUUAAAAUUAAUUGCAUUUAUUUUGUAAGUAAAAUAGGCAAAUAUAAUAUAUUUCUAAUGUAUUAUAGGUAUGUAUUGCAGUAAAAACAACUACAGUAAAAGUGUAAACUUUUUAAAUUUACACCUAGUUUUUCCUAAAACUUCAGUAAAUACUAAUUUGUAUACAUAACCUCACAUUUAGUACUAGUAUUAUUAUAAUAUUAAUUUAUUUUGAAGAACAAACAAAUAUUUGAAUGAUGAUUGAUUUAAUUUAAAUAUUUGCAUUCACUUAUACUGUCAGGUCGUGUAUAAUUAAAAACUAGUUUUUGCUGAAAAUUUAAUAAAAACUAAAUGUAACUUAAAUAGUUUUAUAUCCAAUUCUUAGACAUUAUAUUCAUACACAAAAAUUUAAAAUAAUUCCUCUAUGAUAACAGUUUAUUAGAGCCCAUUUACUAUUAGAAGUACAAAGUGUUCUUUUUAUUAAUGGUGUGGCACAGUUGUAAGCAUAGAUUGAAAUGGCUGCCAUGGUUUAUAAUUUCAAACACAAUAUAUGAAAAAACAUGUGUACAGAACAAUUUAGUAGAAGUUUAUUAUUGUAUUUACAUAAUAUUAUAGUUGAAGUUUAUUCAAAAUUCAGUAGAAUGGUUAGCUUUCUACGGAUCAGAAAACUCAUUUUUUGAUAUUUGUUAAGUUAUGAUUGCAAAGUUAAAUUAGUUGUAUUGUAAUAUCAAAGAUAAAUUAUUUUGAUCGUAAGUUAAAUUAACUAAUUUAAAUAAAUAAAUAUACCUAAAGAAAGAAAAAUAUUAUAUUUACCUAAUAUAAUUAUUUUAAUAAUGCUACAAGUCUUUAAUUAAAACAAAAUAAGUUACCAAGUGUUUACAUAUUAAAAUAAAAAACUUAUAAUUCAUUUAAAAUUACUAAUUUAUUCUACAAAUAAAAUACAUUACCAAUCUACAGGUUGUAAUUUUAUAAAUUUAGAUAAAAUGUAAACGACUAUUAAUGUGAACCCCACUAAACAUAUUACAAAUAAAUACCACGACUCUUCAUCAAACACAUCUGCAAAAGCUGGCAUCUGAUUAUAGAAUCCAUUGAUGAUUGUUUUAGUAUAAUGUUCCUUUUUAGCCAUUUUAUUUUAUCGUUUUCCUUUUUUUUUGUCUAUCUUCGUCGUAGAUACAACUAAUUCUUCUUUAGGUGCUAAUGGAGUUAUAUGUUUAUUAAAUUGUUGAAAUAUUUCCAAAACAGUCAAGUUAUUACAUUUAAAUAACACUGAUUCACCAUUCACUACAAAUACACAUUCAAAUAUAUGUAUUAUAAAUAUAUAAAAUAUAUAAUAAUAUAUUUAUUAUAUUAUUAUGAAUAAUAAAAUAGUUUACCUAAAGAAGCUUCCACAGUUGGUUCACUUCUAUUAUUCUCAACUUCUGUUCUUACAAGACAAAGGGGAUUUGUGUUGAUUACUUUCGGCGAUAAUAAAUAGUACAUAAAAUUUCUAUAAAAAAAAAAAAAAAACUAAUAUACAUUAAUAAUAAUUUGAACAGUAUAUAUUAAUUGUAUAUUGUAUGAACCUUAUUUUAUUAUUUCAGGAUAAAUAUUAUAAACUAGUCAUGGAAGCCAAUUUUGUAAUACAAAGGGAGCAACAAAUUAAUUUUAAACCAGUUUAUGAAAACAUUAAUGGACAUUGCAAUGGAAGUAAAUAUUUUAAUUAUUACAAAUAUUAUAUAUAUAUACGAUUCAAAACAUAUCCAUUAGUAUUUAACACCUUAUAUUAUAAAAUCAUGUUUUUCUGUUUGGUGUGCAAUCAUCCAGCAUAACUUGGAAGUGAUUACAGCUAGCUAAGGUUUCUUUAUUUGUAUAUUUAUAGUAAACUAUAUCAAGCCAGCACCCAACCAAGUUAUGUGUGGACUACUAUAGUAAGGAAAACAUAUACAUAUGGAUUAGCCAUUCAAAUUGAAAAUUAAUCUAAACAAAAUUAAAUUCAUGUUGUAUCUAUAGAUCAAUUAUUUUAUUUAUAUUUUGUUACUUGUUUAUAUUAUAGGAAUUAUUAGCACAAUUAGUAGUUAUUUUAAUAUUAUUCUUAAAGGUAAUUAAAUAAAUUAUAGUUAAAAGUCCAUUAAAAAUAUGAUUAACUUUAGUAGAAGGAACUAUAAGGUUUUUAAACAUUUUAAUAUUAUCAAUAUUUAGCAAUAAUCUAUAGUUAUUUUAUUCAAAAUUAUAAUUAAUAAAACAAUGAUUUUAUGUGUGGAAAAAUUUUUUCAACAUUUUGAAAGAAAGAAUCAUUUCUCAUACCUAUCCUGCAUUAUAAAUAAUUUGCAGUCAUACUUUUCAUUUGUCUAUCAACAACUAUUUUUGUAAAAUAUGAGUUGUUCUACGUAAUAUAUUAGCUGGUAAUCUGAUAUAUAGAGAACGUGAUGUAAUUUAUUUUAAAUCUAUAAUAUUACUAUAUUCUAUUUAAUUUAGUAAAUGUAUAUUAAAAAAAAAAUAUAUAUAUAUUUAUAUAAUGGUACUGAUUGUUUAUGGCAUAGGAUAGAUAUAAGGGCAAAAUUGAAUAUUUUUUUUCAGGCCCAGAAACCUGGGAUGAGUAGUAUGGGGUGAGAAUAUGGAAAAUUUUGUUUCGAAUUAAUUGUGGUGAAGUAUAUGUAUAGGUACGAAUCAUUUAUGAAUAUUACUACAUUUUUUUCUUAGGCCAAACAACAAACCAUAAUGGCUUCAAAAUUAAAAAAAAAAAAGAAACCUUAGUAAUUUAAAUACAUCACUAUCACGAAUGAAAACAAUUACCUGGCCGUGACAGCAUUUUGGGCAAAAGGAUCAAAUUUGAUUAAUACUUUUUUCACCGGUUUGAGAUUUAACAGCAACGAUUGUUUCUUUAUUGCACUCACUACACCCGUUGACUUCGAUUUCGAGCCGGAAAAUGGCAGCGACAUAGUUUCUAUUAACAACACCAAAUGCAAUUCACUUUUGGGCAGUAAUCAAUAAAAUCCCUGCGUGAGUAUAUUAUUAUUCUCCGUAGCAGACAGCAGUGCCAGUGCGAACAAUUUUGAUACCAUUUCUGACAAUACCGUUUACAUAUAAUUGAGGUUAUGUUUAUGUUUCCUACCACGGUCGUGGUGACCGUCCGCCAUCAUUAUUAUUAUUUAGUCGAUCGAGCUAACGUAUCCAGUUGGGCAACACUGGUCGGUGGGUUUGGAUCUACGUGUGUAGUUUGUUGUGGUUUUUUUUUUUUUUGUAAUCAGCCUUUCGGCCUUUAAUUUAAUAAUUAUUGUUUCAUAAAAAUGUAUUCGUUCAGUUGAUCCUCACCACCACCAAUGUCCAACACUAGUUGUUUGUAGUGUUAAAAGGUUUUUGCCGUCACCGUCAACAACGGAUCAAGUCAUGUAUCCUGUCGGGCAACGUGAGUACAUGCACCACAUUCGCGCCGCUGUAUCUUUGUGUGUAAUUGAUCAACGGAGGCAAUGACCUCCAUUCUCAGAAUAUAUCGGAGGUUUCGUUUCGUAUUUGGCUGAUUAGACUUUUUGGGCCAUCCAUUUUUAAUCUGGGCCGCGGUCUUUGGCUUAUUCUUCACAAUUUUCGUGAAUUUGUCUAUUUUUAUUGGACGAUUAAUCCCUGCAUCUGACUGUCCAACCCCGCCGCUGUGUUCCUAUCGUUGGACGUUCGCCGAUAAAGAUACUUGCACCGCUUUGUCGCACGCGAUGUGAGAUAUUCUGUGUAUUGUUUACAUUUUACACCACAAUAAAUUCUAUCAAAUGAAAUAGAAAACGCGACAGUUUAGUACCCGUGAAAAUUGGUUUCGCGCGCCAAUUAUUUGUAAACAGUAUUUUUUUGUGAUCAUUAUUUUUGUCUUGUCUGUACUUUGUUGUUUGUCAAUAUAGUUGAUUCGUUUUCUAUCAAAACUCUAAAUAAUGGAUACAUUUUACUAUUUAAGGGACUACUGACAAUAAAAAAAGAAAUGUUUUUCUUACCUAACCUAACUUUAAAUUAAAAAAACAUAAAAGUAGUUUUAAUAUAUGUUUAUCAAUACUAAUUAUUAUAAACAUUCAAAAUAAUGGCACUUUAUAGAAUUAAGAUACUAGAUAGAUAGGUACAUAAAUAUUCACUUUAUUUACUGUUUUUUGAUCAAAUAUGUUUAAAUUUGUUAAUAGUAUAUCUAGGUAGAUCCUUGUAUACAUAUUUUAAUUUAAAUACCCAUCUAAAUUGUUUAAAAUGGUAUUCAGACAUUUUUCCCUCACAUUUCAACUGUAGACUGGACAUUUCUCUCCUUAUUUUUUUUUUUUUUUACAAUGAUGCCAAAUUACAAUAUUAAUUAUAAAAAUAACAAAAUUAUAGUAUUAUAUUUCCAUAGAAUUUAAUUAUGUUAUACCUAUGUGUAAAAUAAUACAGUGUAAUUUUUUAAGUAUGCUUAUCCCAUUUUUAUGGAAAAAUUAUGCAUUAAAUCAAAUUAUGGUUUUUGGAAUUAAAAGUAAAAUGUAAAGUAUGGCCGAUAUUUUCGAAUAUUUAAAUUUUUUUCAACAUUUAAGUAGUAUCUUGUGGCUAUAUCAACUUGGUUUUUCAAAUAAGAACCUACAUGUUUUAAUGCAAAUUGUGAAUCAAAUGAUUUUGAUUUGUUAUCAAAAUUUUAAUGAAAAGUUUUUGAGUUAUUCUAUUUUAAAUACUUAGAAUAUUAGUUUGUUAAAUAAGUAUGAGUUAGCUAAUUAUAAUUAAGUAUAAAAUAUGGAAUAUUUUUUAAUAGUCAUUAGUCAUUGCUUAGUCAAAUAUACUCGGAAAAUUCUUUUAAUAUUAAUGAAAUUGCUUAUAAAUUAAUACUACCAAACUGGUACACAUUUAUAAUGUAUUUAAUACACUAUUAUUCUUAGUAUUUAAAGUAAAUAACUCUGAAUCUUUUUGUUCAAAUUUUGAUUACAAUACAUCAAAAUUUUCAGAAAUAUCACCAGUACCCAUUCAAUUUGAAUAAUCAUAUAAGUUUUCAUUUGAAAAACAAAUUUGGUAUUGCCACUCCUUAUAUGUUGUGAAAACUCAAAAACUAUUAAAAAAUAUUGUCUUUAAACAUACUUGAAAUUUCCAAAAAUUUAGAAUAUAUUUUAAUUAAUUUAAUUAUAAAAAUGGGAUGAACAUGCUUAAAAAAAAAUCACCCUUUAUAAUUUAUAUUUAAUUAUAGUAGUAUUUGCAGUAGGUGAUAUGAAAAUAUUGAAUUAUUUAUUGAUUGCUGGAGAUAAAUAUACCUAUUAAGUCAAAUAUGCGUUUUGUUUACAUAUUUAAUUAAUUAUUAGCCAUUUCAAACUUUCCCUUGAUAAUAUUAUAUUUUGAUAAAAGUUUUCUUAAAAUAUUUUUAAACUAUAUUUUUUACUUUGUACCUAACUAUAAUUUUCAUAGGCAUUUUUAUUUGAACAGUUUUAUGUAUAUUUAUAAUAAGCAGACGACAAUAAUACAGAUUAUUUUAAUUACUAAAUAAUUUAAAACUUAAUAUUUUUAGCACCAGCACCACCUGUUGUGGCCCCAGUACCAGUCGGUGUACCUGGAGCAAUGGGCGUUCUUCAACCUCAGGCCCCUGCAUUGCAACCACAGUUGGUUGAUGUUCCUGGUAUGGUUUAAUAUUUAAAAAAAAAAAAAAAAACUACUUGUUCUGAAAUAAUUUAUUAAUAACUUUAAUUUCAAAUAUUGUUUUGUUUAUUAAUAGUAUUUAAUUGUCCACGUCGACCUAAUUUGGGACGAGAAGGCCGGCCAAUUGUAUUACGUGCUAAUCACUUCCAAAUAUCUAUGCCACGUGGUUAUGUACACCAUUAUGACAUUAACAUUCAACCUGAUAAAUGUCCACGAAAAGUCAAUCGUGAAAUUAUCGAAACUAUGGUUCAUGCAUAUAGUAAACUUUUUGGUAAUCUUCGGCCGGUAUUUGAUGGCCGCAAUAAUUUAUACACAAGAGAUCCACUGCCUAUUGGAAAUGAUCGAAUGGAAUUGGAAGUAUGGUUUAUUUCAAAAAUUAUUAAUAUAAUAUUAAAUUACUUUUUCCCUAAUCUUAGGUAACAUUGCCCGGCGAAGGCAAAGAUAGAGUAUUUCGUGUAAAUAUUAAAUGGUUAGCGCAAGUAUCUUUAUUUGCUUUAGAAGAAGCUUUAGAAGGUCGCACAAGACAAAUUCCUUAUGAUGCUAUUUUGGCAAGUUAAUUUAAUAGUUAAUAUCAACAAUUUUUUUUUCUUCGUUUCAUAUUAUUCUAAUUGUUUUAUUUUAAUAGGCUCUAGAUGUAGUCAUGAGACAUCUUCCAUCUAUGACUUAUACACCAGUUGGUCGAUCAUUUUUUUCUUCACCUGAAGGAUACUAUCAUCCAUUGGGUGGUGGUAGAGAAGUUUGGUUUGGUUUUCAUCAAUCGGUUCGACCGUCUCAAUGGAAAAUGAUGCUUAAUAUUGAUGGUAAUUUUUUUGAAAAAUCAAAAAAAAAAUCAUCUUUAUAAUUUGUAUUUUUAUUAAAUUAUAUAGUGUCAGCAACUGCUUUUUACAAAGCUCAACCAGUAAUAGAAUUCAUGUGUGAAGUGUUGGACAUUAGGGAUAUUGGUGAACAACGGAAACCUUUAACAGAUUCCCAGAGAGUUAAAUUUACAAAAGAAAUAAAAGGUUUAAAAAUUGAAAUUACACAUUGUGGCGCAAUGCGAAGAAAAUACAGAGUAUGUAAUGUCACAAGAAGACCUGCUCAAAUGCAAUCGUAAGACAUUGAUCUCAAAGUUUAAUUUACAUAUAAAUUAUUGUUAUUUUAUAAACCUUUUUUAGAUUUCCACUGCAACUAGAAAAUGGUCAGACAGUAGAAUGCACAGUAGCCAAAUAUUUCUUGGAUAAAUAUAAAAUGAAACUACGUUAUCCACAUUUACCUUGUCUUCAAGUUGGACAGGAACAUAAACACACAUAUCUUCCUUUGGAGGUUUGUUUAUUUAUUUAAAUAAAUAUAUUGUCAUGUACGCUAUUUUCCUUAUUUUCUUUGCACUGGCUGGCGUAAUGCUGAUAUGAAAAAAAUUUUGACUACCAAAUGGUGUCAUUAACAACAUUUUUACUAUACACUGAAAAUUAUUAAAUAUUAUUGUCCAUCAAUUAAUGAUUAAUAAAAAUGAAAAUAAUGCAAAUAAUAAACUGACUAACAUAGUGAAUGUGAAAGGAAUAGAAAAUAAUUAUGAAUAUUUUCUUAUUAGGUUUGUAAUAUAGUUGCGGGUCAAAGGUGUAUUAAAAAAUUAACUGAUAUGCAAACAUCGACAAUGAUUAAAGCCACUGCGCGAAGUGCUCCAGAUCGAGAGCGAGAAAUCAACUCUUUAGUUCGCCGAGCCGAUUUCAAUAAUGAUUCAUAUGUUCAAGAAUUUGGUCUUACUAUAUCAAAUAGUAUGAUGGAAGUACGUGGUCGUGUUCUGCCACCUCCAAAGUUACAAUAUGGAGGACGGACACUUCCUAAUCAGGUAUAUACAAUUUGUUUUAUAAGAAAUAAUUAUAAGUAUAUAAAAAAUUAUAUUGUUUAAUAGGUUGGGUUAAAUGUUCAACAAACUAAACAACAAGCAUUACCAAAUCAAGGAGUUUGGGAUAUGAGGGGCAAACAGUUUUUUACAGGUGUUGAAAUUCGUAACUGGGCAAUAGCUUGUUUUGCACCACAGAGAACUGUCCGUGAAGAUGCAUUAAGGUAUAAAACAUCGUUUAACAUAUUGUACAUCUAUAUUAAAAGGAGACCCAAUUUUAUUUAUACUAACCUUAUGUAAUUAAUCUUGCAAACUCUUAACAAAAUUGGGUUUUAUAAAACAGUUAAGAGUUUAGCGAUGGUGUAUGGAAUUAAAUAUUCUAAAAUAGUAAAAGAGAAUUAAUUAAAAUGAAUGUGGUAGAAAUUUAAAUAGCUUAAGUCAAUAUGUCAUUUGAUCAGAUUGAAUAGGAUUCAAAAUGAAUGUAGUCUAAUAGUAUUGUAUUUACUUGAAAAUUUAAGAAAUUAUAGAUUAAAAUGUUAUAAAAUGGUAUACCUAGAAUAAAAAAAUACAAGAAGUGUAGAUGCUGUGAAAAAAAUGGACCAAAGCAAUUGUGAUUUGAAGUUAUCCGGGAAGAUAUUAGGGCGAGUCGAUAAAAGAAUUGGCUGAGUUAUGAAGGAGACGAUAAUUAAGAGUAACUAAAGGCAAAGAUAAAAUGUGUAUUUCCAAUAUAACGAGUCCUGGGUUAAAAUUGCACUAUACUUUUCUAUUACAACAUUAACAGAAAAAAGGUAAUUUUAGUAAUGACAUUGCUAUUUUUCAGUGUUUAUAUUUUAUAUAAUAUUGUAAGUAUUUAAACUAUCUAAUUGUUUAAUUUUAUAUAACUAACUUAACAUUACAAUUAUUGACAAACACCUAUGUUGAGGUGUUAGUUUUAUUACUUUAGAAGUGGAACAUUUACAUAAAUAUAUACACAUACAUAUAUAAUUCAUAUGAUAGUAUAUAUAAUAGUGUGAUGUUCACCCAAGACUCACAAUAUUGGAAGUAUGAAAACUAAUUUUUUGUGAUUCAGGUGUGUAAGACAAAAACACCUAUUAUGAUACAGGCGUUGUAUCCUCUUAAUAAGCUAGUAAUAAAUAUAUGUAAAACACCAACCCGUAUUCGUACUUAAACCUUAUGCAGUUAUAAAAUGUGGUUAAGAUCUAUAGAAUUUUUUUAUUAGUUCCAAUUUGUAUUUUAUGUUUAUUAUAAUCAGGAUAUUAAUAUUAAUUAUAAUUAUAUUAUGUUAAAACUUUGAAAAGCUAUUGCUGUUUAGAUAAAAAUGUAGUUUAAAAAUAUUAAGAAAUAAAUUGGACAAAUACGGCAUAACUACUGAGAUAUAAAAAAAAAAAAGUGUUUGAGUGGUAGUUUUCUUAAUAGUUCUGAUCUAAUUUAUUCAACUAAACUAUUGUGACUUUGGACCUCCAAAGAUAAAGAGAACAAAUUAUGUUUAAACAUAAAAACAAAAUAUAUUGAUAAAUGAUUUGAAUUUGGCUGAAAUAUUUAAAUGUUGUCAUAUUAUGGAUCUAAGACAAAAUUAAUUUGAAUUCGUUAUUUAUAUCAUUAUCAAAAGUUCUUCAAAUGGAGUGAAAAUCUGACAAAAAUUUCUAAGGUAACAGAAAUUGGCAAUUUCUAAAAUAAAUUUAGAAUUCUUAAGAAUAAAAAUGAAAGCAAAUCUUUUAAGUGAAUAAUCUAAUAAUAAUAUAUUCAAUCUUAAUGGGAAUUCUACCUCCAGGAACAAUGCUAAUUACCUUGAAUUAGUUGUAUGUCUAAACAUUUAGAGUAAAAUGUAAUAGUGAUUAUGAUAAUAUUUGGUGUAAUGUCAAUCAAUUAAACAGAAAAUAAUAUUUUAAAAAAUGUUUCAAGAUAUAGAAUUAUACAUAUCAUGGUUUUUAAUUUAGAUUUAUAAUUGGAGGAAUAUAUUAUAUAUUUUAAUUAAAUUAUUGCUAAAUUUAAAAGAGAAACCUUUAUUUUGAAUAUUUAGAUAAUCUGUUUUAUUAAAUAUAACCGCCAACAAUGACACUUACAUCCUAUUACGUAUCACUAAAUGCCGUUUAUGUUUAUUACCACAUGUUAAAACAUUGUUAAUAAGAUAUAAGUGAUACCGAUGUAGAAUAUAGUGGUUUACAAUAAUAUUCAAAAAUGUCAAUUUAGAAAAAGUGACGCUUAUGCCUCUCUUCUAAUCAUCAAUAUAUAAAUUAUGAAUAUUUAAAUUUGUUAAAAACUAAUGUAUUGCAUUGUACUCUAGUGUACGGAGUUUUUGUAAAAUGUACUGAACAUUUCCUCGAACUGAUAAAACAAUGUGUCCCCAAAGGUCUUUUUUUUUUUUUUGCCCACACAAUAAUAUCUCAGCUGUUAUACUAUCACGUUCAAUAAGAAUAGGUAUGCAAUAAAUAAUAUGUAGGUCAUUUAUAGUCAAAAUAAGUGAAUUACGCCAAGCUUGAUUGAUCAUUAUAAAUUUAAUUUUAAGAGUUCAAAGCGACGGCAUGACUAUGAAAGGCGUGCUGUAACACCUACAUCAUCAUCAAACAAAAAUCAUUAGUGUUUAAUAUUUUGAUGGUUAGUUUAUUAAUUCAAUUUCGCACUUGUCAUAACAAAUAAAUCCUAAUGUUAGAAUCAUUGAAAGUCGUGUAUAACAACGAUAUUUUGUGAAUUUCUUCUUAAUCGUCUUGGAAAGAUAACCACUUUUUAGACAAUAAAAUUAAGUACAGAGAAUAUUAUUAAAAUCUACAGCUAUUAAUAUUCUUUUAUUUUGGUUUUUCUUUAGAUUCCAUUGAGGGAUUCAUCAUUUUUAAUGGUCGGGUUUAGAUGGUAUUGUAUUUAUUUUUAAAUCAAUUUGUAUAUUGGUGAUUUUUUUAUCAUGAACCAACAAUUAUCUCUGAGAAUUUUAAGUGAAUUUGAUUGAUUUCUAUUUUUUCUUAUCAUUAUGAAAUUUUUUAAGCUUUAUUAUAAUACCAUUUUUAAUUUUUACAUACUUUUGAUUUUCAAAUAAAACCACCCCCCUUUUGAACACAGAUUUGAAUAGAGAACAGUUUUAUAGAAAUUUUGAUAUGCAUGAUCCUAUUAUCAGAUUUACCAUUCAUGAGUUAUAACAGUUUGAAGUUGUGACUAGAAGAGUAGGGAAGGGUAAUAAAAUGGUUAUAAAAUUAAGUUUAAACAAUUCCAUAAUGAUUAGAAAAAAACAGAAAUCAAAUUCACUUAAAGUCCUCUGAGAUAAUUGGUAGUUCAUAAUAUAAGACAUCCUAGGAUAAUAGGGUCGGGUUCAGCCACUGUUAUAAGUAAUUUAAUGUAUACCUGUAAGCAACAAUAAACCAUUGUUUAUGAAAAAUACGAUUCUGAGAGGAGUUCAGUUGAUAGUAAUGCACUGUCCACAAUAUGUAUGUGAUAUUAUAGUUGAAUAAUUUAAUAGGUUUUAUAUAUUUUCUUUAAUAAUAUUUGUUUAAUGUUGUACAAAUUUUCAUAGUUUUUCUGUUUUUACCAUAUUUUAUCCCGGUUUUUCAAAUUUAAUGAGAAAACUCUUGAAAAAAUCAAAAAAUGACCUCCCUAAAGUGCCUCCCACCAACACCAAUUUAUUUUCAGAAAAGGUGCUACACUUAAAAGUCUGACCAUGUCUUCUGGUAGAAAAGUUGCGCAGAAAUACAAAAUAAACAUCUUUGUAAAACCAUAAACUUUUUCGCUCCUCUUAAAAUCUAAAAAAGUUUCUCUGUAUAUGUGUAAAUAUGCAAUAUUUAUUUUAUUUCACAACAAAUGUUACACACUAAAAAUUAAAUUUAUAUUUAAAUGAUUUUAGUUUGAAUAUUGACAUGAUAACAAGAUUUUUUAAUAGUAUAGAAAUAAACUACUUCAUUUUUAAUUUAAAUUUUAAAUUUUUAUUAUACUUAGGUUACCUUUUAAGUUUUGCAAUAAAAAAAAAUUUAAAAUACAUUAACCAUUAAAAAUAGUUUUAUUGUUUUUCAAAAUAUUGCCCAUAAGGAUUAGUAACAAAUUGAAUCCAAUUUCGAACCAAUUUUUAAACUUUUUUUUUCUCUUCAAUUGAGAUACCUUCAAAUCAUACAUUUUGAAUACAUCUGCUACUUCUUCAGGUGUAUUUUUUCAGAAUUUCUGUGCACCAAUUUCCACAAACCUUUUUUUGAGUGAAUGUCAAAUUGUGUGGGAUUCAUCACAAACAAAUCUUUUCUAUGACUAAAUAUCCAUGCAAUAUUGAAUGUACACAAAUGAAACUUAUGUCUAAAAAUUCCUCAAUAAUAAGUCGCAUGACAGUUGAGUGCUAUAUCGCGUACAGUAUCGAUGUUUUCUGGCAAAUCUUCUGAUUUUGGAUGACUCGUGAAAUUCAUUCUUUAGCAAAUGAUGAUUACGAUUAAAUUCAGAUAAUCUGUUGGCCCAGCAUGCCGCUUUAUCACCAAUAGUCGAAACAUUGUUGUUGAGUUAAUCCACAAUGAAAGUUGUAGUAAAUGAUUACACAGAAAUUUUCAUCAUUCUAUUUUUCGGCUGUGAUGGAUUUUAUGAGUCACAGAAACCUCACUAAUUGCUUUUGUAUUUAAAACAGUCUGAUAACGUAUGUUUUAUAAUAUCAAUUGUCAUGUUCUAAUUUUAGAUUUGAUGUAUUCACCAGUGUUAUUAUAUCGCAAAAGGCAAUCAAUAAAUCAAGACUCAAAUAGGUGCUAGUUAAACUAAAUUUGUAGAAAUUAAAAAAAAAGGUACUUCUGAGAAAAAUGUUGUGAAAUAAUUGUAAUUCAAAUAUCAUAUAUUUAAAAAUUAUAUAUUAACCAGAUUCUCACUAAAUUCAAAUUUGGUUUCUAUAAAAAAAAAAAAUCUUGUAAGGAAAUAACUUACUUAGCUCAGAGGAAGAAAAUACAGUAUUAGUUAAAAAAAAUCUCUAGAGUAAAAGGAAAAAAAUUUGAAAAAACAAAGACUUAAUAUUUUCUAAUUUACUAUUUAAUAAUCAUUAAGAGUAUAUGUACGUUAAUAGGUAAUAAUAAUAGUUAAAAAUAUAUUAUUAUUCACAUUAUAAUUUCUUAAGCACUAAUUAUAAAUAAGUAAAUGUGUAAACCUAUAUUAAAUUUUUUUUCAAAUAUAUAUAAAAUUUACUAGUUAAUAUUUUUUUUUUAUUUUAAAGCAUUUAAUUUAUAUUCAUUACCUUAAUAUUAAUUAUCUAUAUUCUAUAAUAUAUAUAUAUCUUAUUUGUAAAGUCAUUACAAUUGAAUACAUAGAUUUUAAGUAUAGUGCUAUUAUAAAUAUUAAAGAAAUUUGUUUGAUGUGUUUUUGUCCAAGAACUUGCUUUAUACAAUUUUAACUUCAUAGAUCGUAAGUUGUUCAGAUGUUGGUCAUUUACUUUUUUUAAAAAGAUGAAAAGCUUUUAAUAGGGUCCAUUGGAUUUGGAUUUUGAAAAUUAUAUAUCCAAACCAUUUAACUUAUUCUUUUGUAGUGUUUGUUGUAUUAAAUUUUGUGCACCCGUAAGAAAAGUAUAUUAAAAUUGGACGUCUACAGGGUAGAAGAGAACUGUGGUUUGAGCAAAAAAUAGGUCAUGUGCAUGCACCCCUUAAUUUUUAUUAAGAAUUAUUAAUACUUAAAUUGUAAAUGUUAAGAAUUUGUAAAAAACAUCAAGCAGGAUUUUUCAUAUAAUUAGAAAUUGGUACAUACUAGCCUACAGUAAUAUGGGUUGGACAAGAAAUUUUAUUUUAAUUUUAAGUUAUUGUUUCUAAGAGUAUAUUUUGUUAAUUGGAUAUAUUAUGUACACUUAUCUACAGAUUUCAUAAUAAUUUUAAAUGUCUAUUUUUUAGGAUUAUUUAUCAGAUAUUUUGUAUAACAGUAUAGGGUAUUUAUUUAGAAAAAUAUUGUUUUUCUAUUUUAAGAUAUAAUAAAUAGGAGUUUUAAAGUACUAUAAAAAAUACAAAGUUUAAAUGAUUUCCUAAUGUUUUGAAAAAUCAAAUUAGAGUUCUCCGAGAAAAUCUUUGGUUACUGAUAAAAGAAUCUGUUCUUGUAUACAAUUAUGUAUCUUCAUUACAUUAGAAAAUUUAGUAAUUGAGUUAUUAAUUUGGUUUUAUCUUGUUUAAUAUAUUUAUAUUUAUGUAAUAGGAAUUUUACAACACAACUUCAAAAAAUAAGCAGUGAUGCUGGUAUGCCAAUAGUUGGUCAACCCUGUUUUUGUAAGUAAAAUAAAAAUAUUGAUAAUUUUUUCUUAACCUAAUUAAUUUUUAAAUCUUAGGUAAAUAUGCCACAGGACCUGAUCAAGUUGAACCAAUGUUCCGUUACUUAAAGUCUACAUUUACUGGGUUACAACUAGUAGUUGUUGUUUUACCAGGAAAAACUCCAGUGUAUGGUAAUAUAAAAUUUAUUUAUCAAAUUUUUAUUAAUAACACCUGAUCUUGCUAUAUUUAUUUAUGUUUGUAAAAUUUUUAAUCAGCUGAAGUCAAAAGAGUGGGAGAUACUGUUCUGGGAAUGGCUACACAAUGUGUUCAAGCUAAAAAUGUUAAUAAAACGUCACCUCAAACAUUAUCCAAUUUAUGCUUAAAAAUCAAUGUAAAAUUGGGCGGAAUUAAUAGCAUUCUUGUACCAAGUAUCAGACCUAAAGUAUGGAAAUAGUUAAAGAAUAAAAAUCUUUAAUAUAACAUUUUCAUUUUUUUAUUUAUUUAAUAAGGUAUUUAACGAACCAGUAAUAUUUUUGGGAGCAGAUGUUACUCAUCCACCUGCGGGUGACAAUAAAAAACCAUCUAUUGCAGCAGUAGUUGGAUCUAUGGAUGCACAUCCUAGUCGUUAUGCAGCAACUGUGCGUGUUCAACAGCAUAGACAAGAAAUUAUUCAAGAACUCAGUUCGAUGGUCAGGUAUGAUGUAUAUUCAAAUUUUAAGUAUGAUCAUUUUUUCAUUUUGUUUUUGUAUUUUUAAUUUCAGAGAGCUCCUAAUUAUGUUCUACAAGAGCACUGGAGGUUAUAAGCCUCACAGGAUAAUAUUAUAUCGUGAUGGAGUAUCUGAAGGACAAUUCCCUCAUGUAUGUUUUUAUUUAACAUCCUUAUAUUAAUUUAUAACACUUCCAGGUAUACUUCAGGGGACAUACUUUUUACAUAUUUAUUUGUUUUAAUGAUUUUGCUAUAUAUUUAAUCAAUUGGAAGUGUUAUUUAAGAUCAAAAAAUAAUCGUUUUCGUAUGAGAUGAGUUCAAUUUUAUUUACUAUUUUGUUGUUUUAAUAUUCUUUAUAUUGUAUGGCUAUUUAUAGCUGUGGUAUAUACAAUUAAAUAUUACUCAUACUAAAACAAUAGUUGUCUUAUAACAUUUUAUGUGCAUGUCAUCACAUGUUAUAUUUUUCAUUCCAAUAAUAACACAGUAUUAAAAUGUCCACUCUGUUAUAAUGUUAACAUAAUAUAUAAAUGAAUCUAUAAACGUGCAUCAAUAAUUACACAGUUCUUCCAUUAUUUACUGCAGUGCACAUUUACUUGUAGUAUUUAAUGCUAAUGUAUACCCAGUGACUGUUUUGUUGAACUUUAAGAUGUAAUUUUGAUUUAUAAACUUAAUUUUUAGAUUCUGAGUGGAGUGAGGAAUGUGUUGGCUUUACAAUGUUUAUUUAUUCAUUUUUUUAUUUUAUCUGCGAACAACUUUUCUACUAUACAUUUUGCUCCAAUUUUCAAGUGUUGCACUUUUUUUGAAAAGAAAUUGAUUGAAGUAAUGCUCUUUAAGGAAGUCAUUUUUUGAUUUUCCCAGCUGUUUUUAUAAUAAAUUGAAAAAUAGGUGCAAUAUAUAAUACACAUGUAAUUAUUUUAACACAUAACAUUUAUAUUGUUGAAAAAGCAACACUAUUAACUGAAAUUCAAUUAGAAUCGUUUUUCAUUAGCCAAUGAUUAAUUGAUGCGUACAUGUAUACAUUAAAUCUACUUUCUACUUUACCAACUUUUCACCUACAACAGUGGCCCACCCAUCGUGUAAAGUAUGUCUGUAACUUUUUUAUUCUGAUUGUAGUAAGGAAUGUAUUGGUUUUAUUAUAAUGUGUAUUUUUUAUUUAUUUUUGUGUAAACUACCUUUUUAUAAGAUGCGUUUUUUUGUAGUAUUUUGAAUCUAUUUGAAAGACACCAAAUAGUAGGGGUAAUUUUUGAUUUUCCAUGUGGUUUUCAAAUUUAAUUUAAAAAACCAAAUAAUGAACAAAAAUUUACAUGUGAAAUAUACAAUCCUUGUCAUUUGAUAUGCUCCAACUACUGAUAAAAUAUAACAUACAAUAAUUUUCUCAUUUGUACAAUUUUUAAUAUUUUUUUUAAAAAUUUUAUUUGAUAUAUUUUUGUGUUACACAAUUAUUAUCUAUUGUUUAAAUAGGAAUUAUAUUAAAACUGACUAAUUUGUUUAAUAUUCUGUUGUCAACUCCCGAUAUUUAAAUGUACUGUGUUAGUCUUAUUUUCACUAUGUUUGAAUGAUGCUAUUUUUUAAUAUCUAGAUGAUAAAACAGUUUCUAACAUUGAUUUACUUGCAUGUGAAAUCCAAUAACAAUUUUUAACAUACAAAUUGAAAACAUAAUAACUAUGUUUUUUAUUGUGUCUCGUGAAAAACCGUGCGUGUAAUUUGGUUGUACCUAAGUAUUUUUUAAAACUUUUUAGGUUCUACAACAUGAACUUACAGCUAUCCGUGAGGCAUGUAUAAAAUUGGAAGGUGAUUAUAAACCAGGAAUCACAUUUAUUAUUGUUCAAAAACGUCAUCACACAAGGUUUGAUAGUAUUUCAAAGUUUAUAUAGUUUUAACUUUUAUAUAAAUUGUUUUGACUAGAUUGUUCUGUGCUGAUAAAAAAGAGCAAUCUGGCAAAUCUGGAAACAUUCCAGCUGGUACAACAGUAGAUGUUGGAAUAACACAUCCCACAGAGUUUGACUUUUACUUAUGCAGUCAUCAAGGAAUUCAAGUAAUAAUUGUUGAUAAAUUAAUAAAUAUUUAUACAUAAUAGUUCUUAUUGUCAACAGGGAACCAGUAGGCCAAGUCAUUAUCAUGUUCUAUGGGAUGACAAUCAUUUUGAGUCUGAUGAAUUGCAAUGUUUAACAUACCAAUUAUGUCACACAUAUGUUAGGUGUACGCGUUCAGUAUCUAUACCUGCGCCUGCUUAUUAUGCUCAUUUAGUAGCAUUUAGAGCUAGAUAUCAUUUAGUUGAAAAAGAACAUGACAGGUAAAAUUGCAUAAUUUAUAUAAUUGUUUUAUUUCAUUUACAGGGUUUCCAGAAUUUGAUGUUGCAGUCAUAUUUUCCUUGAAAUACAUUUUUUUUUUUUUUCAAAAAUGGUUUAUAUAGUCAUUUUUUGAGAUCGUAUAUUCUAAAAUAUUGUAUCAUCCUUAUUUUUGAAGUUAAACCCCUAAUCAUUUGAUUUUCAAAUAGCAACCUAUAUCAAAAAUUCUAUAAAUAGUAAAUGUUUUAAUUUUAACUUAAAAUAUUGUUGUUGAAAUUUUAAUUACUGUCAUCUCAUCAGAUAUUACACAUUUAAGUUUUGUAUAAGGAGAAAGUUUUUAUGGCAAAACAUGUAUUAGAGUAUGAAAAGUAUUAGGAAAUAGGAGGAGAAUUGAGAUGUUUGAAAGCUUGGGAAGUUUCAAAGGAAUUUUUUGUGGGUCAUCUUUUAUUUGUACAUAUUAUGAAGUUUUUUUCUUGUUUUAAAAGCUUUGCACUUUUAGAUUCUGAGUGGAGCGAAAAAGUUUAUGGUUUUACAAAGAUGUUUAUUUUGUAUUUCUGCGCAACUUCUACCAGAAGACAUGGUCAGAUUUUUAAGUGUAGCACCUUUUCUGAAAAUAAAUUGGUGUUGGUGGGAGGCACUUUAGGGAGGUCAUUUUUUGAUUUUUUCAAGAGUUUUCUCAUUAAAUUUGAAAAACCGGGAUAAAAUAUGGUAAAAACAGAAAAACUAUGAAAAUUUGUACAACAUUAAACAAAUAUUAUUAAAGAAAAUAUAUAAAACCUAUUAAAUUAUUCAACUAUAAUAUCACAUACAUAUUGUNAUUAAAUUACUUAUAACAGUGGCUGAACCCGACCCUAUUAUCCUAGGAUGUCUUAUAUUAUGAACUACCAAUUAUCUCAGAGGACUUUAAGUGAAUUUGAUUUCUGUUUUUUUCUAAUCAUUAUGGAAUUGUUUAAACUUAAUUUUAUAACCAUUUUAUUACCCUUCCCUACUCUUCUAGUCACAACUUCAAACUGUUAUAACUCAUGAAUGGUAAAUCUGAUAAUAGGAUCAUGCAUAUCAAAAUUUCUAUAAAACUGUUCUCUAUUCAAAUCUGUGUUUAAAAAAUAGUUUAUCAUUGCUUAUACAUUAAAUUACCAUUAUCCUAGGACGUCUUUUUUUUUUUUUUUUGCUUUAAGUAUUCUUUGGGAUUUUAUUUUUUAAAUAUUAAUCUAUGUACAAAAUAAUAAGUAAAAUAAUGUCUAUUAUUGUGUUUAUUUGAUGUCUUAAUUUGAAUUACUAAAAGAUAAAAAAUUGUAAUAAACCUUUAAUUACUUGAUUAUUAUGUAUUGAUUUUCUGAUUUUAUAUUAUCAAAUUGGUUCUGGGUUAGUCUAUUUAUAUAGUUGUACAUAUGAAUUGUUCCCUAGUGAUCUACAAGUAGUAUAUACAUUGGUUCCAAUAAACUGUUAUUUUAAUACUAAAACAAAAUUACAAACCUACAUCAAUUUCUUUCCUAUUUUAUACAGACUAGUGCUAAUUAUUUUUGUAAUGUCAUUACAUACACACAGUUGUUUUUGAUUAUUUAGUUUUAACUUAAGUUGCCUGUCCAAUAUAUUUUCAUUAUCUUUUUAAUGAUUGUGUUUAAGAUAACUUUCUUCAAUAUUAUUUAAAAUAUAUAAUGUUUAACCUCGGUUGCCCAGGGUAAAAGGUUUAUAUGAAAAGUAGCAGUUCUGUGUUUAUUUCAUAAUCUGAAACUAGUGUUCUUCCAUUAUCAAUAGACAUAUCUCUCACAUUAUUUUGGUGUUAACAACUUUUUGUUAUCUUUAUUUUGAUCCUGAAAAUCAUCUGUGUUAAUAUGGGGAAAAACGGCUUUUUCAUUAAACAUUGUCCCCCCCUGAUCCCUCCCCCAUGUUCAAUCACUACACUGUUGACUUUGAAAGGUUGUUCUGUCUUAUUGCUUUCAUUAAAUAAUUUUAUUUAUUUAAACAGUUUAUUAUGAUUAAAAUUGUUAUGAAUAGUAAUAGUUAUGUGAUAUGAUUUUAUUUAUGUUUCAGUGGGGAAGGUUCACAUCAAUCUGGCUGUAGUGAAGAUCGAACACCUGGUGCAAUGGCUCGUGCUAUAACAGUACAUGCAGAUACAAAAAAAGUUAUGUACUUUGCUUAAUACUAAAUUAGGAGAAAAAAAUUACCGUGUUACAAAUCAAUUAAUAUUAGGCGUAGAUAGUACUACAACCUACCUUGCCGAUCAUUGCCUCAAUUAACUCUAACCAAAAUUAUUUUUAUGUUUUCCCUCUUGACAAUUAUUUUUAAGUAUUCAUCUUUUUUUUUUUUUACAUUUUGAUUUUCCAACUAUUUUUAGACAACAUUUUCCAAAGUUUAAUUUUGUUGUUGCUAGUGUUUAUUUUGUUACCUAUUUUUUUCAUUUUAUUUCUAAUCAAAAUUGGACAUCACCUGGACGCUUACAGUAUCUUAGUAUGGGAAAAUUCUAGUCUAUAACAGACUUAUCGAAAGUUUUUUUUCGAAUAGCAACAGCAGCAAUGAAAAAUGCAUUCCUCUUUUAAAAUAUAUAAUUAUUGUAUAUUAAAUAUUUCAUAAUAUUAUUGUUAAGUGUGUAUUAUAGUCAUAUUUAGUAAUGUUUGUAUUCCAAUUUUCCUGCCAACUUAAUCUCUACUUAUCUGAUUUUUUUUUUCUUCGAUUCUCGAGCUUAAAUAGUUUUAUUUGUGAUUAGCUAGUAAUUAUAUUUUAUUUUCUGGUUGGUUAAUUCCCGUAUAUUAUUGUUGAUGUUGAGUAAUAUUUGGUGUGGUCCCUAAGAAAACUUAUAAUGUGGUACCAAUCAUUACUUUUUAAUAUAUCUUAAUAGUUUUUACUCAUAAUUUUCGUAAGCUAAAAGUACCAACUUGAUUGAUAUUUUAGAUUAUUUUAUUAAUAACUAUUAAAAACUUAAACCAUUCUGUAAAACAUUUUACCUUGAUUUCUAUUUGUAAUCUUAUUUUAUUUUUAUAAUUGGUAUUAUAUUAUAAUAUACUUGAAGUAUAUUGUUAAAUAUUUUAAAAGAAAAUAAACUUCGCCUUUGAGGUUUGAGCUAUGAUAAACACUAAAAAUUGUACCUGAUACUUAAGAAUAUCAUAAAUCUUAAUGUUAGUAGUUAAGAUAACAAUUCAUAUUAUAUUAUGUUAUUAUGAUCAAAUUUUAAGGGAAUAUAAAUAUUUUCCUAUCAUUAUUCUUAAAUACUUAUCUAAAUAGAAAUUAAAUGUAGCAAUAAAAAAAAAUUGUAAUUUUAAUAUUACGUUCAAAUAUAUAACAUCUUAGAAUGUAAUAGUAAUAAUUAUUUAAGUUUAAUAUUACCAUUGUAUUUUUUUUCUGAUAAAAAUUAUUAUUAGUUGUGUUUUAAUCAAAUAAUACUUAUUACUUUAAUUUUAAAAUAUGUAUUUGGUUGGUACCACAAAAUUGCUAACCCUCCGAUUAUACAACUCGAAUAUUAAAUCAAUUAUACAUAUAAUCAAUAUUAUAUUAUAUUAUUAUUAUCAUUAUUAUUAUAUACACAUCUUUAUAUCUUAUAUUUAAUCUUAAUUAAAAAUAAAUUUGGUUCAUAUUUAGUUGCCUGGUACUCAAAAAAUGUAUUAAGUAUAAUUAUUAUAAGUAUACUUUUUAUGUCAUUUGAACUGUGCUAGGUUGAAUUUAUUUAUAGGGGAUAAUAUUUAUCAUACCCAUUAUUAUAUAAUAUAUUACGCUUAUUUCUGUUAGUUUUUUUUUAAGAAAAUGAUCUAUUACAUUUUUGCAAAUCAUAAUUUAUACGAGGUAUUUGUAUUAUAAUAUAUUUAAACAUUGUAGUGUAAAUCUCAAUUUAAGUUAUUUGUUUUUAAAUCAAUGAUUUUAAGAAUAUAUGCAUUAAAAACAUUUAAUUUAAUUCAGGCCUAAUUAAUUUCUGUGUAUCUAUCUUGAAUAAUCUAUAUUUAAAACAUGGUUUGGGGGUUCGAGAAUGUUCAUACAAUUAAAAAUGUUAUAUAUUAAAAUAUCUGUAAAUAAUGGUAAUAUGACUAAUAUGUGUAUACAUAAUAAAAAUAAUUAUUAACAGUAUGUAAGUUAUUGAUUAGAUAUAUUAUUCAGUUUGAUACAUGGGUAUAAUAUUUUUAAAACUAGUAUUUGUAAGGAUUGAGUCACCUAUGGCGUUCAUUUCUAUUUUAUUCAUAAAUAUAGUGUUAUUUAAUAUUCCAUAA